CAAUAAGCUCAACAAUAUUCUGCAGCGUAUGUUUUACUCGUCUCUGUGUAAUUUGGCGUCUGAUCCCCGCACAAAAUCGGUAUAAAUGUAUACACGUCGCUGAUGCGAUGUGAGUACUUUGCCGAAUAGAGCAUGCUACAACGCUAGAUAGUUACAGAAACAAUAGAUCUCUUGCAGCCCAUGGCUCAGCGGCUCUGUAUGUUCAAGAACAUCGCAUUCGACGCGUCUGUUUUUUUUUUACGUCUCCAUUGCCACGCAGCGCAAGGUGACCAUCCACGCAGAUGUUCUCAUAGGCAGAGGCCGACAUCUCAGGCGACCACUCCCAACACCCGACCGAUCAUACAGGGCAACAUAUUCUCUGAGCCGUGUCCAUUCCACAUCCGGGGUGGUCUCGCGGUCGAGAAGCGUUUCUGCAUUUGCCCCGACGAACAAUUGUUACGAGGUCGUUCGUGUUGCGUUCGCCUAUAUCAAGUACCCUAUCCCCCUGUUCACAUUUCGGCUCACCCCUGCACACUAGCACCUUUGAAAUAUUUAACCGAAAGGAAGUUCCAGGGUGGCGGAAAUGUAGCUGCUCAUAUUGUAUCCAGAAUACAUGGUUACACCCUACCGAAGGGCGCAAUAUCGUACGAUCAGCUACAAGCUCGACCGUGAAGUUUGCUUGCUAACCUACUACUGGAACUCUAUGCAGC